AUGAUUAUCGGUGUGUUUUAGCUGUAUUGUUAGCUAACUGGCGAGUGGAAUGGGUCCGCAAUGAGCUUGCAGCCAAGUGACCUUUUGAGUUGAUAGCUACAGCUCGAGGUGUUCUCGUUAGCCAGCUUGGAAGUGCUAGCUAACCGUGACGUUGAUGCGACUAAUGUGCAGCUGAUGAUAUCUUACGUAGGGUAACCGUGUUGAAAUAAUUAGCUAGUUAGUAUGUCAAUAUCGGAAACCUGGUUUGUUUUGAAGAUCGGUAGUUAACGUUAAAGUGAUGCAGCAGGCAAUCCAACAAGAAUAUGUGGAUAGAGCAUUAUGAUAUGAAACUUGAUUUGGUAUCUAACUAUAGUUAUCUAUUCAUACAAUUAAGGCUGGUUUUUGGAUGAGGUAACAGUACAGCACAGGCUCUGCUAUGACAAGACAGAAGCCUGGUCAAAACAAGCAAAGUCAAAAAUGAUGCAGUGAACCGAUUCUGAAGAUGGUCUGAGCUGAGAGGUUCUCCCACCUGCCGAUCCCAACAAAAGUUUGCUGUGUCAGAGGACUCCAAAGAGAAGAGUACGCAGCUUCCCAAGGCCAUGGAAGACUCUCACACUUUAUACAUCUCAGAGUUGGGAGAUGAUGACAAUUUAGAGGAGGAGAUGGAGGAUAAGGAGCUUGAGGAAACUCACUGCAGUCUUUAUUUAAUGUCCAUGGAAAUGGAUGAGCUGGCAGAUUCAAACACAAGUUGCCAAAAACCGGAGGCCAAAGGCUCUGACCUGAAGCAGGAUUUAGGAUCGGUCUCCCAUUCAUCAACCCCUGAGCUCCCAGAGGAUCCUGACCAUGACCCUGAUGUAGAGCUCCAGGACUCAUUUCCCUGCCAAUUCUGUGAAAGAAAUUUUACCAGCAAGCAAGGCUUAGAACGUCACAUUCACAUCCACACCUUAGCUAACCACCACACACACAUAUUUAUGUGUAAGUACUGCAGCAAGUCCUUUGGCUCAAAAAUUGGCCGGCGACGGCAUGAGAGGAGACAUGAAAAUGCAAAGGCAAGGCCUGGAUCUUUAAUAAAGCCUGUGGAGCCUCCAAGUUCUGCCCUACAGCGCAACGGUCCAGAAUGUGUGUCUUCUCCCAGUAGCUCCAGUGCCUCUGUUUUGGCAGACAGAGAACAGGCGUCUACGUCAGAUGAACAUGGAGAAUUACAGGGUGGUCACACUUGCAAGUAUUGCAAAAAGGUUUUUAGCACGCAUACAAACAUGCGACGACAUCAGCGCAGGAUCCACGAGCGCCAUCUCCGGCUCAAAGGUAAGGAAGCCCCACUGUUGCAGGAAGCAAAACAUCCAAAGCUACCCCCUAUUAAAUCUCAACAGGAUACCAACAACACAAGCCAAGUAGCAGUUCUUGAGAUCGAAAGUGACCAAGAGGAGCAAUAUAUGCUGGAUAUCUCUGGUAACAUCUCUGAGAACCUCAGCUUUUAUAUAGAUGGGAAGAUUGUAUCAACAAGCACUGUCAGCGGAUGUGAGGUAGUUGAAGUGAACUCUGGAUCUGCUACUUUAGUCGGACUAAAUGCUGUGAUUAUUAAUCCUGCCCAGAUCAGUCAGGCUCUUAAAGUAGAGACUGCUACUCACACAGGAAAAGGGAUACCUGGUCAACCCUUGACAAAAAGGAGAACUGCCACACCACCUCUUCUACCCCAAAUCAAAACGGAACUAGAAUCGGAAGUUUUGUCCUCUUCUUCAUCAUCAAUUGUGUCAUCUUUGAUAGAAAGUCUCAUUCCUCAGAACACAGAGUCUACUAUCCUUCAGAGAGAGAGAACAGUUUAUCUGUCACCUAAGCUGAAACAGCUCUUACAGAUGCAAGAUGGCCUCAAACCCAGCUUUGCCCUGAUCACAGAAGGCCAGAAGCUGUGUUCACCACUUUCCCUGACUGUCCUCCCAGCAGGAUUGGGGAGGUUUAAAAGAAGGACCGGGUCUCCCCCAAACUCACCACAACAAAGCCCUAUGUCGAAUGUUGAAAGCACAACAACCGAUGUGGGUGUUUCUAUUGCUGUCAAUGCCCCAACGUCAGAGAGCCAAUGCAGUUCACCCGCAUGCAGUUUAUCCAGCAAUGAUGAGAGUGAGAUCUCCAACAGUCCACCAGUAAACGAUGCAAUGACAACUCGUGUCUUGCCAGAGGGAUGGUCCCCAAUGAGUGGGGGUUGUUCCUGCAACCAGCAACCUUUGGACCUCUCAAAUGCUGUCAAGAAAAGUGAAGACGAAGCCCUGCGGGAAGCUGUGUUGGACUUGAGUGUGCACAGAAAGAGUGCAGAUUCGGAAGCAAAGAGAAUUUUGGUUCCACAGCCCUUAAAUAAAAAGAGGAAGCCAAACACCAGCAUGUUGGAGAAGGUGCUGAUGAAUGAGUACGCAAACCUAGAGGUUGCUGCAGAGCAAGAAUUAAGUAUAUUAGAAAAUCAUGAUGCACCGUUAGUUACAGACUUUGCCAUAGUUACUGCUUCGGAUAUGUCACCUGCUACUGAAGGCGAGGUGUUCGGAUUAACUUUUCCUUCUGCAGCACUUAGUCCAUCCCCUUCCUCUCUAGCUUCAGUCCCCAGGCAAUCAAUCUCACCAUGCACCAUAGCACUUGCUUCCCCAUCUCCACAUCCAAUCUUACCCACUGCUCCGUCGCUAAUUACUGUUUUAGCACCACCAACAUCUUCCUCUAGCAAUUCCACAAAUCAACCUAUCCUUCAAGUAUUGGCCUCUAAGAUAUCUCCUAAUCCUUUAAUAAUCUGCACAGAAGAUUCAUUGAAUUCAGCUGAGUGUGAGUGGAGAGCUGCUUUGCCAGAUUGGGCUACCUCUAAUUCUGCAAGCCAACUUGCCAUCUCUAAACCCCUUGACCCAACUCUCAAUCUACAAGGGCAUGUGUUUCUCACAGAUCACACUUUAAAUCAAAUAGCUCUGAACACUACCACAGUUGAAUCCAACAUUGGAUUUGAAGUGCCAACAUGCUCUCCAGCUUUAACUCUAAACGAUUCCCUUAUCAACUCCUUUGACAUUACUAGUAAUACUGUUUUAAUUGAAUGCACAGUUGCUCUUGAAACCCCAGAGAACCUUGUCCCUACCACAAUUGAUUUCCAAGAGAAUAAUUUUGAAUCCACAGCACCUGCGCAAAUUGUCAUAAAUCAGCAGCAGCCUCUGUCCUUGCCUUAUGAAACCGUUGACCCUUCUAUUUUAGUAUCUUCUUUUGAGCAAUCGGUUACCCUUUCAACGCUGUCUGCAGUCAUAUCUGAAUGUCCAACUCGUCAAGAAUCCAUUUCCUCCCCUGUUCCUGCCAUUAUUAAAACGGAAUCAAACCAAAAGGUAGUAUCGGAGGACAUAUCUAUCUGCCCCUCUAAAACGCCACCUCCCUCUGAGGGCACAAGUCAAGUGGAAGAAUCCUCAAAUGAGACCCUCUCCAAGCUACAAGAGACUUUCACUAAGGAAUUCAUAUGCAAUGUAUGUGAUAAGCUUUUUCAUUCAAUGAAGGAACUGGGUCAUCAUGUAAGUGAGCAUUCUGAUGAAUGGCCAUACAAAUGUGAGUUCUGUGUGCUACUCUUUGGAAAGCCCACGGCAUUGCUUGAUCACAGGUCAACCCUCCAUGGCGUCGGCAAGAGCUAUGUUUGCUGCGCAUGUACAAAGGAAUUUGCUUAUCUUUGCAACCUGAAACAUCAUCAAAAGGAGUUGCACCCUGGCCGGGAAUGCAAAUACACAGAGGAAGAAAAUGGCAAGUUACGACCCCAGAACUAUAACAAUGCAACAAAAGGUAGCACAGAGGCUUUGUCCUACUGUGCCAUGGCGGAGUCCAAUAAACCUGUCAUAAAAGAUGAGGGAGAAUUAGAUGACGCUACUGAGGAACUCUUUACCACAAUAAAGAUAAUGGCUUCUGAGGGAGGCAAACCCAAAGGCCUGGAUGUUUGCCUUGGCAUCAACCAACACUAUCCCAGUUUUAAGCCGCCUCCGUUUCCAUAUCACAACCGGACACCUGUUGGCUCUGUAGCCUCAGCUACCAACUUCACCACCCACAACAUCCCACAAACCUUCAGCACUGCUAUCCGAUGCACUAAAUGUGGCAAAAGCUUUGAUAACAUGCCAGAGCUGCACAAACACAUUCUUGCCUGUGCAAAUGCCAGUGACAAAAGACGCUACACACCCAAUAAGAACCCCAUUCCUCUUCGUCACUUUGCAAAAGCCCAAAAUGGAGUACUGUCCUCUACUAAUUCCACAAAUGGCCAAAAUGCUCUACACACGGCAAGUCAAACAAAUCGUCCCAAACUCAAUCAGGAGCCACCUGCCAAGUUGAAGCUUAAUGCACUCAACAAAAGGAAAAAACAGCUGGUACAGAGGGCCAUUUCACAGAGGAGUAAGCCCACCUCUUUGACAAAGAAAACCUCUUCUCUAGGCGAUGAGGAGCAAGAGAUCUAUGUCUGUCCGCAUUGCAUUAGAGAAUUCACAUACCGCCGCAGCCGGACCAAGCACAUGGCCGUCUGCCCCAGGAAACCUGCUGCCAAAGAGGCCAAGAAAAGAAAAGAUGGCAGUAUCUCUUACACUAAGGAAAAUAACGGCCACCUUCGCAGAGAAGUCCUUCAUUUGGAAGAGAAAUCUGACCAUGAACAGAAAAGCAGAGCCCAUAGUUCAAGUCCAACAAAGAGGACAGCCAUAUUACCAGCUCAUAAAGUCCUGUCAAACAAAAAAAGCAAAGCCAUCAUUGCAAUGGCAAGUGUCCAAACACCGCAGGAGGCACCCAAACUGACUGCACUGUCUCUUGUUCACCCUUUCAACUCCCCACAACGUCAAGGCAGUAGGAUGCAGCAUGGUGUGAAGGAAAUUCGUUCCAACAUUACAAUGGUGAAAUCCCACCAACAACCACCACAGGUGGAUGAGCACCCCUGCAGUCAGAGUGGAAGGGUGAGGGGACCAGUGACCCGCAGUCUACAGCAGAUUGUCGUCACAGAUUCAGCAAAGGAAGAACAGCUGACCAGUCAGGAGCCACCAGGGGAUCUGCAGGAUCCUUCAAUUUGAGAUUCAUCCAAUGGACUGCUUCAGACAGUGGAAAGUUGAGGAUCAUGAUACAUUUGUGGAGGCUUAAUGAAAUAAAUACAAAUGCAAGAAGAGAUGGCGAAUGCAGCAGUGGGUAGGUGCAAUCGGACAAUGUAUGGAGGCUUUCAGAGAACAUGUUUGUUGUGCAUUUCUUGUCCUUUUCAAAGAAUGUUUGGACAAGCUGUGCACUUUGAGAAACUUUACCUGUGAUGGGCACGUGCAUCACAGAAUAAGUCAUCUUGAUGAUUAUCUGAAAAAAAUACUUAAUUUAAAAAGUCCAUCCCUAUGAAUAACUAGUGCGGUUUGCAAGUGGCAAUCAUAGGGGCAUGCAGUUAUCACAUUUUUUUCAGUUAGCUAAAUGUGUACUGUUAUGUGGCCUUUUUAUUUGGAACCUAAAUGCAUGCUACCAGUUUAUUGUAGUACUAGAUUGCCCCUUUCUCACUCAGUCUGUCCAAUUUCAAACCACACUUUUUAGGUUUGAAUGAUCAUCAACAAGUGAAACUCUGGAUCUCUUAAAAGGAUAGUUUUCCAAAUGUUUAACGUAAUCGUAAUAAUUGUCAUACCUCGAGGAGUUAUGUGGCUGUCUUAGAAUUUUAAUACAAGCUCCAAGGAAAGCCCUGAGAGGUAAACAAUGCAUGGAAUGUGAGUAUAAAAACCUAGAGCUGGGCGAUAUUUGAUUAAUUGGAAUGUAUGUCUAGCGCGAUAUUCCAAAUGCCUGUAUCUCAUGAAUCCAUUUUUUGUUUUUAUAUAUUGUUUUAUGAGCGUUUGUCUGAUGUUUCUCAUGUUGUACCUUCGCAUUUACACACACCAAGCCCAGCCCCCUGGCACUCACAACGACAAAGAUGAGAGAUCACCUCUUCUUCUCUGACAGUGGUUUCAACUGUCAUUUGCAUUUUAGGUUUGGUCUGACAAUCUGUCAUAUGGAAACCAAAACACAUAAAAAGGUUAAUUUCCUCUAUUAUAGUAAAGUAAUGUUUCUAAUGGGGACCUCCUGGAGGUUAGGGGGCCACAGAUAGCAUAUGAACACUCAUAAAUAAUGGCAGGAAAUUUGCUUUAACGGUUGACUUUGGGCGCGAUAAACGGUCCAACUUAUUGUCAAACAGAAAUGGGGUGUGCAUUGGGUGGUUAAUCAAUGUCAUUCUGAUCAUGCGCGGCGUGACCGACGUAGCUAGUUUGUUAGCCACUUCUAGCUCGCCAGUAACUCCUCCAGUAUGUGUUGACGUCAUUUCACACAAUUUGUUUUUGGACGGAAGCUGUAGAGAUUGGUAAGAAAUGGAACUUCAAAAGCCAAAUGUCUUAUUCAUCAGUAUAUUUUUUUUUUACGCAUUACACGACCUUGGAAUUAUGGUGCAUUGUUAUGGUGCAUCAGUUAUACAGCUUAAAGCUGUUAUUUUAGAGUUUUUGUCCAAAGUCUACCUUUUUUAAAGUAGCUGUCCAGUGUUUCCAGAUGUCUAUGAAAUAUGAUCUAUAUUUAAUUACAAUACGAGUUAAAUAUUUUUUUAUUAUAUUUUUUAAUUAUGUUAAAAAGCAGCUGGGUGUAUACCAGUAAUUAAAAUUAUUCAUGCAAGUAGACCGCUGAUUGGCCAGCUCAUCCUCCUCAGGAAGAUGACAUCAUCCUCGUUGAGGAAAUGGCAAGUUAAAAAAAAUAUUUUAAUGGUCUGUUUGAGAUGCUUAUAUCUCAAACAGACGUGGACCCCCGUCUACUGUUCGUCGUGGACUUGUCAUUGAGAGAUUGUUUAUGAGAUCUGUGUUAAUAAUUUUCUUUAAUGCCUCGUACAGAAGUUGCUCAUUAUUAGUGAAUGGGCAUUAUGCAUGGUUCUGGUUACAUUUUUAACAAAAGACUUGAAAACCAGAUCAGUGAUUAUUGCAGAAAAGCAAUUUAAAUAAUGACAUUAUUAGUGGGUCUUUUGGUUGUGGAUUAUAUUUACUCCAGGUAUAAUUUCACAAGCCAUGCAUUCUUUCGAUUAUUGCUGCUGUUUUAAAUGCACGGUAUUUUACCUUUAAUUGUACAACAAAGCUUAUUGAGAUAACUUUUUUUUUAAUGACGUAUAUCGUGAUUCGAAGCUCUGUUUGAAUUUUUUUUUGAUUUUUGGGGGGCCUUAUCGCCAAGCCCUAUAAAAACCUAGACUAAAAAGUUAUGUUCUGAAAUCUUUCAUUCAAUGUCAAACACGGAUAUUCGCUAUUGAUAUUGUUACACUAUAACUUGAAUUGAAUUAUGUGAACUAUUUUAGGCAAGGCUUCAUACUCACAUUACAUGCAAUGCUUAGUUCACAGGGAUUUCCAUAUAGCUUGUAUGCAAAUUCAAAGACAGUUAUAACUCAUCGUGAGCUAAGAAAACAAUUAACAUUGCAAAACCCCUGUGGUGCUGUUUCGCCCAAUGCGGAUCUCCACUUUAAAAGUGAAUUCUGUAAGUAAUUAAACAUCUUGAAGGCCCUUAAAGCUAGAGUCUGGGAUUGAUAUAUCCAUAAAUUAAUUAUAUACAGACCAUGAUUUUUGAAGAAUAUAACUUCUACAUACCUGCGUUAGCGUAUGGCAUUAACUGCCUUGUUUGUUUGUUUUUACCUUUAUUUAACUAGGCAAGUCAGUUAAGAAUAAAUUCUUAUUUUCAAUGACGGCCUAGGAACAGUGGGUUAACUGCCUGUUCAGGGGCAGAACGACAGAUUUUUACCUUGUCAGCUCGGGGGUUUGAACUUGCAACCUACCGGUUACUAGUCCAACGCUCUAGCCACUAGGCUACGCUUACCCAAUCAUAGUCCAAAAUAUAAGCUUGGAAUUGUAAACAAAAAAGCAUCACAAACAAAUUAACUAAUGUGGUUGUCAUGGACCGUCAGUCCUUGCAUUUAGAUCAGUGUGUAUAAAUUUGAGAGGGCUACAUUUCCCUAGCCCCAUCCCUCCGCUGUAUACUAAAUUAGGAGGCAGGGCGGCUGUUUUGUUUUUUUGACAGUAGAUUUCAAAAACCAAAUGGCAGCCCUGCCACUUGUUUAGGCACUUCCUGUUCAGCCAGCAGACUAUGUGAACAAUGGAGAGGUUGUUAUGACCAGUUAAGCUAAACAGCCAUAAUCAAGGAGUUUUUGCACAUUUUUAUAUACAAUUAGGUCAAUUUAGGCACAUUUUUCAAUCCCAUGCAGACCUGCAGAAACCUAAUUGUGGAUUACGGAAGAUAUAUUACGCUGCACAAAGCCAAAUCCUUUAAUAUUUUGAAGCAAUUCAUUGUUACGUUUUUGUUGGUAAACAAUUGAGUAAUAAAGGCAUAUUUUGAGCUGUGGUAGACAGCUGUGCUAAGCUUGUAAAGCAUUUCUACUGCAAGUUCUAUUCUUCAAUUAUUAAAUAUAUAUAUGGUGUACCAGUCAAAAGUUUGGAGACCUACUCAUUCAAGAGUUUUUCUUUAUUUUUACUAUUUUAUACAUUGUAGAAUAGUAGUGAACACAUCAAACUAUGAAAUAACACAUUUGGAACCAAAAAAUGAAUCUAAAUAUAUUUCUAAUUUGGACUGGGUCUUUUACCAAAUAGUGCUAUCUUCUGUAUUCCACCCCUACCUUGUUACAACACAACUGAUUGGCUCAAACACAUUAAGAAGGAAAGAAAUUCCACAAAACUUAUAACAAGGCACACCCGCUAAUUGAAAUGCAUUCCAGGUGACUACCUCAUGAAGCUGGUUGAGAGAAUGCCCAGAGUGCAAAGGUGUCAUCAAGGCAAAGGGUGGCUACUUUUGAAGAAUCACUUUUUGGAUUACUAAGUGAUUCCAUAUGUGGUGUUUCAUAGUGUUGAUGUCUUUACUAUUAUUCUACAAUGUAGAAAAUGGCACACAAAAAACAACAACCCUGGAAUGAGUAGUCCAAAUGUUUGACUGUAUAGAUAUCAAUAAUUGAAAUUACAAUAGAACAGAUCCCAGACUACUUUAAUUCCAUGAAAAAAAUAGUUAAUUUUAACUGAUGAACAUCUGGCACUUUUAAUGUUUUUACAAGCAAUGGCUUAACCAGUUUAAUUUAUUGGACUUCUUGUUCUUGGAAGGUGAAAAGGUUAACAAUGGAACAAUAUUUAUGCAUGUGGAGAUGGUUUCAUAUUAUGUUAAGACAAUUGGUAAUUGAUCAAUUGUAUUCUUCAAAUAUCAAGCAUUACAUCCCAGUAACAAUUGUUAACGACUAGUGGAAUAUUUUUGCAUAUUUUAUGUGGUCGUCCUAUUUAUUAGUUAAAGCUAGAAUCCUUAAGGGUGAAGCUGUCCCGUUCAUGUACAAUAUUACAACAACAAAGAAGUUACUGCAAACAACAACACUGUAUUUUUUCCCCCUUGAUACACUCCCCACCUCUGCUUCGGCGACAUAAGCAAUAACAACGGCUGUGGGGCGGACAGUGACACUUCCAUCUUUAAAGGGAAUCAGUUAUUUAGAGAUGUUUUAGGAAAAAUGUUAUGUAAUGAGUUUAAUUUAAUGGAUUAUGGGAGACAAGAAACCUGCACUAGGAACCUACAGUAAAUGGGGCUUAAAUUAAUUUCAAUUUCUCGACAGUAAUUAUAAAUUGUCUCCUAUUAUCCCCUUUUCUAAUGACUGAAAUGUUCUGGCUAUGCCAUGAGAAUUUAAAAAGACUUCAUUUUUUCUUGUUGAUGACGUUUCACUUUUCAGUUGGUAAUUGGGUGCAAGUGAAGAUUUAAGCACUUGAGAUUUGGAAAGGGGGAAAAAAUGUUUUAAAUUAUUUUAUUACACAAUUUCAUCCCAAAUUAAAAAGCACAACAAUUUGUUUUUUUCGUCCUUCACUCCUAUCAAUAUUAAAACAACAAAGGCAAAUAAAAGUGCUUUUCAGGUUGUUCUUCAUAUGUUUUGCUUGCUUUCACAUAGUUUAAGAGACGAGUAAAAGUAUGUUAUAAUGGGAACCUUCUUUGCAUACACACUGCCCCAUCGAUAACUUGCUGCUGUUGAGGUCAUAAAAAAAUGUGCGAGGUGCGUAAGUUCAUGGAAAAUAUUGAAAUGGCCCAUAUUAAAGCUACAUUCUGGGAUUUGUUUUACAGCAAAACUGCAGCCCGUCACUUGUCUUGGUAUACAGCUGAGGAAUGGGGCUGGUGAAUUGUAACCCCUCUCAAAUUCAUAGACAAAUAAACACCUGUAGGCUAUAGGAGCAAUAUCAAACUUUAGUUUGCUAGAGGCAUUAGUCAUCGAAUGGGCAGUGUACCAUUAUUGAAUUCUGUCUUACAGAUAUAGUUUACAGUAUCUUCUGUUAAUGUUUAUCUAUCUUGCUCUUGAAUGAAGAGGGUUUUGGGGAUGUUUUAAUUACUGGAGAAAUGUGGUUCUUUUAUUUCAUUCAAUCCAUUCACCUGCCAUUGGGGUGUAUAAGCAGUUUUCUGUGUUUUUAGGUUAAUACAAAACAUUAACAGGUCAUUGUCUAUUUGUUAAGAUGUUACCUACUGGCAACUUGUGUAAUUCAUAGAAUGAACCUGUGUCUUGAUUGAUAAUAUACAUGUGGCAAAAGUUUGAUUAAUAUACUUGGAAGAAUAAUCAAAAUAGCUUCUAAACUUAAAUAGAUAACAUGCAUACUGUGUAUAGUAUACAUAUUGAAGUUUCACUGUUGGCUCACAAAAUGAAUCAGAGAAACAAGGGUAACCAAAACAGGGUAUGUUUUGUUUUAGAAUUGGGAUAAAUGUUUGUAAAACAGUAUUCAUUGUUUGUUUUAAUCCUAGAAAGAUUGUUGUAACCUGGGAUUGGUGUAGUUUCCCCCGUUUCAUAGCAGACUGACUUGAGUGUCAGAUAUGUGGACAAUGUAAUAUAACUGUGAAAAGUGCUUGUAGCAUCUCAAAGUGUAAAAUAAGUCAUGUAUAUUUAUUAAUUUAAAUCAUGUAUCAACCUGAACGGUUCUUUUGUGUAUGAUUUACACUGUUGCAUACAUUUCUGAAAUGUAGUAUUUUUUUUAGUUGUGUUCAAAAUAAAUGGGGAAUGUUAAGUUAA